GCGUGCACGCACCCAACAGGAGAGCACUCAGAGCACCAUAGUCUCAGAGGAUUCGAGGCGAUAUGGCUCAAGUACUCACCAUCUUCUCCCCGGAAGUUCUGCUCUUACUCUUGCUCUGUUUCUUCGUCGUACGCCGCUACUACUUGGCAAGACGAUCAGCGAAAAAUUGCCAUGACCACGGCCGCCGUCUCCCACCGUCCCCUCCGAAGCUCCCUCUCAUAGGCCACCUGCACCUCGUCGGCCCCGACCCGCACAUCUCCCUCGCCGAGCUUUCCCGGAAGCACGCCGGCCGCGACGGCCUCAUGCUCCUCCGCCUCGGCCAGGUGCCCAACCUCGUCGUCUCCUCCCCGAGCGCCGCCGAGGCCGUCCUGCGCACGCACGACCACGUCUUUGCCUCCCGCCCACCGUCCAUCGUCGCCGACGUCCUCCUCAGCGGCCCCUCUGACGUCGCCCUCGCCCCCUACGGCGAGUACUGGCGGCAGGCCAGGAAGCUCGUCACCACCCACCUGCUGAGCGCCCGGAAGGUGCGCGCGCUCCAGGGAGACCGCGAGGAGGAGGUGAGCCAUGUGGUGGCCAAGCUCCGGUAAAUCAAUUUUUUAUCACAUAUAUUAGUUCUGAUAAAGGAUUUUUUAGAUUCAGAUCCUAUGCCUCUAACAUUCCAAAUUAGUCCUUUCAUUUUU